AUGCCUCCCUCACAAUUGACAAACGGCACCACCACGAAGAAGCGCAAGCGCACGACCGCCCUGGAAAAGACACGGAGCGAGGCGAGAAGCAAGGUCGUUAAGAAACCGGUUGUGCUGCCGACAGCGGAGGAUGUGCUGGUGCUGGAGGAGGCUAUUGCGGAGUCGCCGCAGCACUAUAAUAAGAUUGUAACGCUGCUGGAGUAUGUUCAGAACGCAUCUGCGAAUCUCGAGUUGGCCGUGACCUCCGCCGUAUCGCUAUGUCGGGUCUUCUGCCGCCUGAUGGCAAACGGGAGUCUCUUGCGGAAGAAGAGCCACGAUGCGGCACAGUCUACGAUUCUCGAGUGGCUGAAAGAUAGAUAUAAAGACUACACCAAGGAGCUGUCCGCGCUCAUUGCGCACGAGGACCCGGCGGUGCAGACCACGGCGCUGACGCUGUACAUGCGUCUUGUCAAGGAGGACGGCGCACACAUGAAGCCCGCCGGCGACGAGUACUACUUCCCGCAGAUGCUGUUCGGGAAGCUCAUGAGAGCGCUCCUCUACUCGGAGCAUCUUGACGACGCCGUCAAGCAGGAGUUUACGAGCAAGUACCUCAACGCCCACGACGACAUCCGGUACGCAUUCUACACCGCCGUCUCCGCGCUUAUCGCCGAAGCGCCCACUCCUACCCCGGUCUUCAUAGCCAGCGUCCUCGCCCUCCUGCUCACUCUCGAGAACGUACCCACCGCCGACGCCCCGCUCCUCGGAAGUACAUACACCACCGCCCCCGCGCCCAGCGCGCAAAAGCAGCCCCCCAUCCACGCAAAACCCACGCACCGCAAGCUCCUGCAAGAAACAUGGCUCGCAACGCUCCGUCUCCCGCUCACAAAGGACCAGAUCAAGACCAUCCUCGCCGUCAUGUCCAUCCGCAUCGUGCCCUGCUUCACCCGCCCGCAGCUGCUCAUGGACUUCCUCGUCGACGCCUACGACGCCGGCGGGUCCAUCUCGCUGCUGGCGCUGAACGGCCUCUUCUACCUCAUACAGACAAAGAACCUCGACUACCCGAACUUCUACACGAAGCUGUAUGCACUGCUGACGCGCGAUGUCUUCCACGUGAGGUACAGGUCCCGCUUCUUCCGCCUGCUGGAUACGUUUCUGGAGUCGACGCAUCUGCCGGCGGCGAUGGUGGCCAGCUUCAUCAAGAGGAUGGCGAGGCUGGCGUUGAGCGCGCCGCCGGCGGCCGUGGUCAUUGUCGUGCCGUUUGUGUAUAACCUGCUGAAGCGCCAUCCGAGCUGCACGUUCAUGGUGCACCGCGAGGGGAGCGCCGAGGAGCGAGAGGAGUGGAGGAAGGAGGGGUUGACGGAUGUGUUUGAGGAGAGGGAGGAGGACCCGAUGAAGACGAGGGCGAUUGAGAGUAGUUUGUGGGAGAUUGAGAUGCUGAUGGCGCAUUGGCAUCCGAAUGUGGGGACGCUGGCGAGGAUCAUUGGCGAGCAGUUUACGAAGGAGAAGUAUAUUCUGGAGGACUUUUUGGACCAUAGUUAUGCUAGUAUGUUUGCUGCCGAGGUUAAUAAGAGCAUCAAGAAGCCACCCGUGGUGGAGUUUGAUAUUCCGAAAAAGAUAUUCUUCAAGCCGGCCGCAGCUGCAGACGAAGAGCAGCUACAGGGCGAGGUGUCGGUAGAGGAGAAUCCGCUGUUGGCGUUGUGGAGCUUCGAGUAA